AUGGCAGACCUCAAGAUGACCGAGAUGUCCUACUUCUCGCCCAUGGGCUACCAGAGAAACACCUGCGGAUACUGCAAAAAGGCAGAGGGCAGCGCAAGCUACUAUGCUUCCUCCACCUCUGUCCGCGCGGAAGAGUACGAGACGCUCAUGGACCGCGGAUGGCGCAGGUCGGGCUCGCUCUACUACAAGCCUAACCUCGCCCGCUCCUGCUGUCCUCACUACACCAUCAGACUUGAUCCGGGUGAAUAUAGACCCCGCAGGGACCAGAGAAAGGCGCUGAACAGGUGGACCGCGUUCGUGCUGGGGCCAGAGUAUACCCAUGCAGCAGCACGUCUGUGUCCCCGAUCAAGACAGGAGAAGAAAAGACAUGACCAGACGUUUGAUUUGAGUCAACGGGUGCAUGAGAUGGAGUACCCUUCUCUGCCUAGGCCUGUCAACCCGCUCACCAAGAGGACUAUUGAACCCGCACAUAAGUUUGAAGUCAACAUCGAAGCAGACUCGUUCUCGGUAGCAAAGUUUGAGUUGUUUCUGAGGUAUCAGACUACCAUACACAAAGAGCACGAGUCACGCUGGAAACGCUCUGAUUUCGAGCGGUUUUUGUGCGCUGGCAUCAAGAGGAAGACAGUCAAGCAUGCUGUCAAACAGGAAGAUGGAAGUACCGCUACCAUAGAGCAGAAGGUGGGCUCGUACCACCAGUGCUACCGUCUUGAUGGGAAGCUGGUUGCUGUGGCUGUGCUGGACUUGCUGCCUCGCUCCGUUAGUUCAGUGUAUAUUUUUUACGAUCCCGAGUACGAAAAGUUCGAGUUUGGCAAGCUAAGUGCCAUGAGAGAGAUUGCCUUGACCCAAGAGAUGCAUCUCCAACACUACUACAUGGGAUAUUAUAUCCACUCAUGUCCUAAGAUGCGGUACAAGGGUACUUUCAGACCACAGUACAUACAGGACCCAGAAACGUAUGAGUGGCACUCUCUGGACGAAGUGUUUGCUCCCAAACUAGAAACACAACGCUACUUCUCGACUUCAGGCCAACAAAUACCCGAUGACUACGAAGAUAUACCGGAUGAAGACGCCCUCUCGUUAUUUGACCUGCACAUGCCGGGCGUCUUGACUGUAGAGCAGCUUAAGUCUACCAUCGACCUCGACCACUGGCAUCUCCUCAUUCGCAACAUGCUCGUAGAAAUGAUAGACUUGGUUGGAUGGGAGGACUCGAGUGUCACUAAUCCACAGUCUAUCAAGGGUAUCGUUGCCGAACUUGCCGCUUCCUUGGGUCCAGAGGUAGUCAAGAACUCUGCCGUCGUCAUGUUCCAGAGCUAA